CAACCUCCUCAUUUCCCGUCAUCGCUCCAUCGCGCAAGCGCGUCCGCCCUCCACGCGCGCCUCCCCCUAUAAAACCGCCGCAGUGUCACCACCGACACCAAUGAGUUAGCAACCGCGACCCUUUUUUCCGCCCUCGACGACUGGGCGCAGCUGCGACGUGUGGUGCCCCCAGUCAGGCCGAACGGGGUCAAUUCUAAGCGCUGCUCCACCUCGCUCUCGCCGUACACCCAAAAUUAUCGAUUACACCACCACACUCUUCUGUCACUACCUCGGACAUCGUUUGCGCCUGCCAGAAAGCGCCCGUGACGGCCUUCAGCACCUCCAGGCCUCCUCGGAAUCCACGCCAGCCACGGCACUACUGGGUCGCUCUUUCCACGCUCACCAUGAGUUGGACAGCACAGGAGCCGAGCUCCCCACUGAGCUCUGUUCCUCCUUCCUCUUCACCUUCUAUCGCCUCCGACCUGACCGAGCUCUCCGACUCUGAGCUCUCCGAUCUGUCGCACGCGCUUGGCUCACGCCGCCCAUAUCCUUCGCCAUCAUCCUCCAACCGCUCCUCCGCCAAGGCGUCACCCGCGCCCGAGAACAUCGCCUCCCCCAUGUCCAGCAACGACGGCGAUGACCGGCCCCGCAAGAAGCGGAAGCUUACAGGCCCGAAGGAGCGCACCACAGACCGCCUCGACCUAAGGAGAGACCUCACAGAUGCCGAUAAGCCUCAGCUGGACCGCCUUUUGAAGACGCUCCACAAGAAGCGGAAAAUUGUCGUAAUCGCGGGUGCAGGCAUCUCCGUGUCUGCUGGCAUUCCCGACUUCCGUUCGUCUACCGGCUUGUUCAGGUCGCUCCGCAAGGAGCACAAGCGCAUAUCUUCCGGGAAGGAUCUGUUUGACGCAUCCGUCUACCAGGAUGACUCCUCGACAUCAUCCUUUCACGACAUGGUUCGAACAUUAUCCCAGAAGACCAAGAAUGCGCGACCUACUGCUUUUCAUCAUCUCCUUGCGACCUUGGCACACGAGGGACGACUGUUGCGUCUGUAUACCCAGAAUGUCGAUGGUAUUGACACCUCGCUUCCGCCCUUGAAGACAGAGGUUCCCCUUCCGAAGAAGAAUCCCUGGCCCAAGACAGUACAGCUACACGGAGGUCUCGACCAUAUGGUUUGUUCUAAGUGUAACGCUCUCUCCGAGUUUGACGCAGAUCAAUUCAACGGCCCCGUCCCACCCGCAUGUCCAAAUUGCUUGGAGAACGACUCUGUCCGCCGUGUGGCCGAGAAGCGAAGUCAUGGAAUCGGACGGCUCCGACCUCGCAUGGUUUUGUACAACGAACACAAUCCUGAUGAUGAAGCUAUUGGAUCCUGUGUGAGUUCAGACCUGCGCACACGGCCUGACGCGAUCAUUGUUGCUGGCACAACGUUGAAGGUUCCGGGAGUGCGACGGAUCACGCGGGAGAUGUGUGCAACUGUACGAGAUCGUCGGGACGGCGUGACCAUCUGGAUUAACAACGAUUCGGAGCCCGUAAGCGGCGAACUGGCGAACAUCUGGGAUCUAGUCGUCCAAGGCCCUUGCGACGAAGUUGCCCGUCAUGCCGCGAUGCGAAGAUGGGACGAUCCUAUCGUCUACAAAGAAGUCACCGAUGACGAGCUAAGUAAGACCAAGGAGAAGCAAAAGGCAGAGGUUGUGGUUGGAACUCCUAAGAAGAUCUCGCAACUCCAAGGCUCUCUACCAACACCUGUGCAGAGUCCACGGAUGGGUCCGCGGCCCGUGAUCAAGGAAGAGCCAAACGAGCAGCCGUCUACACCAUCAAAGAAGGGGACAAAGAGGAAGCCUGAGGACGCACGGCCCAACGCCUUCGAGAAGUUGACUGUGAAGCCGUCUCCUAAAGUGCCUGCGAAACGUGCUCAAGUUCAGCCAAAGAAAACCACGGGUGCACAGAGCAGAGCGAAGAACCCGAAAAAGAACACGAAGCAGGAUAACAAUACCAUCACUAACACGUACAAAGCCACCAAGAAUUCUUCUUCACGUCCGCGGCCCAGCAUGAAGGUCAACACCAAGCAGGACACCGAGUUCAUCCAUUACGAUGGCCCCCAGACCGUCUCUGCACCUUCGGCUGAGAACAUGGACACUAUCCAUGUGGGCCGAAAAGUCGCUCCGAUUACUCCGAAGAAGAGGCCCGAGCGAAUAACUGGUAUCAAGGCGGAGUAUAGAACCAUGAUACCGAUAUCCACCUCCGAUCCCCGAAACAACCAUUCUCCUCAGCGUCCGGAGGUUGAAAGCUUCACGCCAGUCAAGCCUCGUACUCCGAGUCAGCAGCUUCAUGACGAACAGGCAUUCUCCCGCUAUACGCCCCCAACGAACGAAUCUCGCCCCUCUUCCGCGAGCUCAGAUAUCAAAACUAUGAAGGUGUCUGGUUUCCUUAACUAGCCUCGUCCGUUCCUGGUCACACUGCAUUUCUGGGCAUUAGAAGAUGGCAUUUUCUGUAGCAUGCGCUGCAAACGGCGGCGAUUGUAUGUCGAAUGCAUAGACGGCGUUCAUAGGUCAAGAGGACUUCGGUCCUAUGUAGGAUAGGGGCCUCGUUGCUCUAUUCUCACUACUGAUCUUCUUUCUACUGCAUGAUACCCGGGGAGCGCCCUGGUCACAUAUAGGCAGACUAGGCGCUUUGGGUUCUAUGAACCUAGGUUCUAUUGAGGCGACCGUGGGCUAUGGGAAUCCCAAUAUGUUGCCUAUUAAUGGAACUCGACUGGCUUACUCAAGAAGAAUACUCG